GUAAGAUAUUGUUCUCACCAUUCAUACAAAUAGUGUAUUUGUACACAUAUACACACACACACACACAAAGCACGGAUAUAGUGAUAGCAAGUGAAUAUCAAAUAAAAUACCUCGCAGUGACGAAAGCGCGCAAGAAAGAGUAUUUCGCAGAAAGUGCAACAAAUCAAAUUAAGGAAUUUUAUUAAAGUGACGUUUGAAGUGAAAAAAAAAAAAUCAAUUCAAUUAUCAGCGAAAUUAGUACAAAAUAAACAAAAGAAAAAAAGCACAAGGCUUUUUCGAAAGUAUUAAUAGUUCAAUAAGAAAUUGCAUUAAAAAAAAAAAAAUAAACAAAUAAAAUGAAUGCCGAAGAAUUUAGAAAAUAUGGCAAGGAUAUGGUGGAUUAUAUUUGUGAUUAUGCCAGUAAUAUUGAACAACGUGAUGUGGCGCCAACUUUGGAUCCAGGAUACCUAAAAACACUACUGCCAGCCAAGGCGCCACUGAAACCGGAAAAAUUCGAAGAUGUGCUGGCUGAUUUCGAGCAAAAAGUGAUGCCUGGUGUGGUACAUUGGAAUCAUCCAAAAUUUUUUGCAUACUUCCCGUCAGGCAACUCCUUUCCUUCGAUUUUGGGUGAUAUGCUCAGCGCUGCGAUCGGCUCAAUCGGCUUCUCAUGGGCCUCCUGCCCCGCCUCCACAGAACUAGAAACCAUAGUGCUCGAUUGGUAUGCCAAGGCGCUUGGUUUGCCGAAAUCUUUUAUUAGCGAUCUACCCGGUAGUCGCGGCGGUGGCGCUCUACAAGGUUCCGCCUCCGAAUGCACACUGGUCUGCAUGAUUACUGCACGUUCGCGUUCCAUCCAAAAGCUGAAAGGCAUGUGCUCCGAGAUACACGAAAGCGUCUUCUUGCCCCAGUUGAUAGCGUACGCCAGCAAGGAGGCACAUUCUUCGGUCGAGAAGGCAGCUAAAAUGGCACUCGUAAAGUUGCGCAUUAUUGAGGCUGAUGAACGUGGACGCAUGCGUGUCGAUUUGCUGCGGCAAGCGAUGCAAAAUGAUGCAAAUGCUGGGCUAACGCCAUUCUUCGUAGUCGCCACCGUGGGCACGACAGGCGCUUGUGCCUUUGACAAUCUCACAGAAAUCGGCAAAGUGUGCAGAGAAUUGCCGAAUGUAUGGUUCCAUGUGGAUGGCGCAUAUGCGGGCAAUUCCUUUAUUUUGCCGGAAAUGCGCAAAUUCUCCGAAGGUCUCGAGUAUGCAGACUCAUUCAACACAAACCCCAACAAAUUGCUGCUGACCAAUUUCGAUACGUCCGCCAUGUGGGUGAAGGAUGUGAUGAGCUUGAAGACAGCACUCAAUGUGAAUCCACUGUAUCUGCAGCAUGAACACGAAAAGGCGAUAGACUAUCGACACUACGGCAUACCGCUGAGUCGUCGUUUUCGUGCACUCAAGCUGUGGUUCGUAUUCCGUUCGUAUGGCAUCAUGGGACUACAGGCGUACAUACGCAAUCACAUGGCAUUGGCGAAGAAAUUCGAAAUGCUCGUACGCAAAGAUGAUCGUUUCGAGGUGAGAAACGAUGUGUACCUGGGUUUGGUGUGCUUCCGUAUGCGCGCAGCUGACACAUACAAUCAAGAGCUGCUGGCACAGAUCAAUCACUCGGGGAAAAUGCAUAUGAUUCCAUCGAUGGUGAAUGGCAAAUAUGUGAUACGUUUCUGCGUGACGUACGAACAUGCGACCGAGAAGGAUAUAACCGAUGCUUGGGGAGUGAUUAAAGCUUUCGCCGAUGACAUUCUGCGCGAUGUGCCUGCGCUCUCACCUACACCCGAAAAAGAGAAGGUCGUCUCGGAACCGCAAUCUAUCAUUGGCAAACCACCAAUCAAAAAGAAGCUUACACGCACCAAAUCUUUGCGCUUCUCCUUCACACGCAGUAUCUCCCGCGAAAUGUACGAUAGCCAAAACGAGCAUCUCAAGGAUGGCUGUACACCAAUUUUGGUUGUGGACUCUAAUACGAUGAUGCAAAGUCUUAUGAAAGCAACAGCGGAACAAAAUAAAUUAAGGGGUAUUGAAGAUGUGGACGCUGACGAGGCUAGCAAUUAACUAAACCUGCAGGGGUAUGCAGGUGGGGAAAUGAGAAGAGAAAACCAUAAGCUAAAGCAUCAAGAGGCCUAGGCGCUGGGCGCCGGUUCAUUAGGCACCAACACAAAAUGUAUACAUACAUACAUACAUACAUAUUUUAUUAUUCUUAUUCUUAUUAUUAUUAUAUGGGAAUACGCCCAGCUCCAGCUCCAGCUCGAAUUACCUCCAAUUCAAUGUAUAGUAUUAAAUUUUAUAUUUUAAGUGACGAAUGCAAAGCUAAACCUUAAUUUUAUAGUAUAAACUACACUGUAGGGCCUUAAAAUUGGGUCUUACGAAAACGAUUUUAUGACGUCACUAUACAUAUAUGCAUGUAAGUGACGUUGGCUUAGUUAUGAACGAAGAAAAUGCAUUUAGUUUAAAAAUUAACACGUAACGCAACUGCACUGCUAUUACUGGUAUUAGCGCUCAGCUAGCGGUAGCAAGCAGCUUCAUUAACAUCAUCACUCUCUCACUUCGUGUUCCUAUUGAUCUACAUUCGGUUCUAGUGCACUCAUAUAGCUGUAAUUAUUUAUUUAUUUUCCGAUGAAUUCAAAAACAUACUUAAGUCCCACGGGUAGUGCACACAUACGAGCAUACAUACCAGUAUAUGUAAAUGUUAAUACGGCUAUGCCAAUAGUGCGCUGUACUAGCAAAUAUUUAUACGCGAAAAUGUAUGUGAAUGUACUAGAUAUUUAUUAUUUUCUAUUAAUUUUGUAUUUAUAAAAUUUGUAAUAAUAAAAAAUUGUGAAAUCAAAACUA